GUCUGGCAUCUAUGGUUCUGUCCUUGGUGAUGAUAUAGAUCCGGGCACAUAAUCCUAGAUUACGUGAUCACAAAUUAAGAACGUCCCUUUCUUAUCCCCUCAUUUUAUUGUUCCUUCCCAUAUUGCCACUUCAAGGUCCCCACAAAACGUUUGAACGAUUUCUAAUUGUCCCCAAGGGAAUGCUACCUGCCGAGGUCGCGUAAAUAUAUGUAAAUACGCCGUGUAGAGUUGUGGAAGAACCGGUUGAGCAACACCUAUUCUAUUAUAGCUUCAGCAAAGUGUCUAACCACUAGGACAGACACAAUCGUUUGGCUAUGCUUUAUCUAUACGUAAACUAGUUCUUGGACGUCUUGAGGGUACAUCUACAUCGUAAAGUUCAGCCAGGGACUAGUACUCAGUAGUAGGGAUCGAGAAACAUCAUGCCGACCCCGACAAUACCGGCGCUUGCAGACAGUAACAGUACCGGGCUGCCGGACGUGUUGGCCCGGGGAACGCGCGUGACGGCUCCCGAUAUCGCGGUGCUCGUGCUCUACCUGAUAGUGACCGUGGGAAUCGCACUCUGGUCUAUGUUGAAGCACCACCAGAGCAGUGCUAGCAGCUACUUCUUAGCAGGGAGGAACAUGAACUGGGUCCUGGUUGGAGGGUCAUUGUUCAGUAGUAACAUUGGUAGUGAACAUUUUGUUGGUCUGGCUGGAAGUGGUGCUGCUACAGGGAUAGCCAUAGCAGGGUUUGAGUGGAAUUCAAUAUUCAUUAUUUUCCUCCUGGGUUGGCUGUUUGUUCCUGUCUACCUGGCAGCUGGGGUCUACACAGUCCCAGAGUACCUUCACAAAAGGUUCAAGAGUAGGAGACUGAGGGUCUAUGCCACUGUGCUCUCCCUUCUCAUGUACAUCCUGACCAAGAUAUCUGUGGAUGUGUAUGCUGGUGCACUGUUCAUCCAACAAGCUCUGGACUGGAACCUGUUCUUGUCUGUAGCAGUACUCAUCAUCAUCACUGGCUUCUUCACUCUCACAGGUCGCCUGCGUGCUGUGAUGAUGAUGGACACCAUGCAGACUGUACUGAUGGUUAUCGGGGCUCUUGUCGUCACCAUACGCAGUUUCCAUGUUGUUGGAGGAAUGGAGGGGUUGUAUGAGAAGUAUCCACAGGCCAUCACGACUGUCGGCAACCACACUGUCCUGGAGAAGUGUGGCAAACCGCCCUCCGAUGCCUUACACAUGAUCCGGGGAGCAGAAACAGCUGACUUUCCCUGGCCGGGGUUUGCUGGGAUCUUCAUAGCAUCCGUGUGGUACUGGUGUACAGAUCAGGUUAUAGUCCAGAGAUGCUUGGCUGCUGAGUCCCUUUCCCAUGCCAAGGGUGGCUGUGUGGUCACCAUGUUCUUGAAGAUGCUGCCAAUGUUCCUUAUAGUCAUGCCUGGAAUGAUCAGUCGAGUCCUGUACCCAGAUAUCGUAGGCUGUGCCGAUCCAAUCAUCUGUCAGCAGGUGUGCGAGAGCCAAUCAGGAUGCAGCAACACGGCCUACCCUCAGCUGGUGCUGGGACUCAUGCCUGCAGGUUUACGAGGCCUGAUGUUGUCAGUGAUGGUGGCAGCCCUGAUGAGUUCCCUCACCUCAGUUUUUAACAGUUCCAGCACCAUCUUCACCAUGGACGUGUGGAGAAACAUCCGCAGGGACGCAUCACAGAAGGAACUCAUGAUCGUGGGCAGAGUGGCAGUGUUAGUGAUGGUGUUAGUGAGUAUAGCCUGGAUCCCGUUUGUGAAGGGUGCUCAGGGAGCUCAACUCUUCAUCUACAUACAGUUCAUGUCAGGCAGCAUCACUCCAGCCAUGGCUGCAACCUUCCUACUGGCCAUUCUCUGGACAAGAACUACUGAACAGGGUGCAUUUUGGGGCGUCAUGUUUGGAACUACAGUGGGCAUCAUUCGCCUGAUUCUGGACUUUGUUUACCCCAAACCGACCUGUCCGACCGUGGACACCAGACCUGAGGUGGUGAAACUACACUUCCUGUACUUCAACCUCAUCCUGUUUGUCAGUGCAGGCAUUUUUACUGUUAUAGCCAGCCUGUUUACUGAGCCAUUGUCAGAGCAAAGUAUAGCCAGGCUAACUUGGUGGACUCGACACAGCACCGUGGAGUAUUUGGAGGAAAACCCUGAUGAAUCCGCAGAGACCACAUCCCCCAGCCCUCCCCUGGAACUCUCAAGGCUAAACGGAACUGGUCUGAGCGACUUAAGUAUAGCACAGGAGAUGUCAGAAAGUGGUAAUGUCAACCAACCUACUGUGGCAAAAAGAACUGAUGUAAACAUACUAACCAAUGGUCCAUGGUAUAAAAGACUGUGGAGGGCCAUGCUUGGACUUGAAGAGAGCCAGACAAGCAAGGAACACCAACCAAGCAACAAGCAUGUGUUACACGAGACCAGGAGAGACCAAAUCAUCCUGAACAUUGCAGCAGUCACUGCCUGUGUUACUGUGACUAUCCUGUGGAUUUACUUCCGAUAAUACAGAAUCUGUAGGACUGUAUUUCUGUUAGGACUCCUCAUGUAACCCACAUAUUGUUACUCCAGACAUGUAACUCAUAUGUUAUAUAUAUUGUCUUACCCUGACCUUUUUCUUCAUGACCUCAAUGAAAAGCGACCAGCAGGCUGAUUUGAGUUUCUCAUGAAUAAACAAAAGCUCAAACAAACAAUAACUUAUAGACCAUUUCUUGCCAGUGGCCAGAGACCAUUAAUAUAUAGUUUUUCUCAGAUUACUGCUUACUUUUGUAAGACUAGUAGAAGGAUAGAAUUAGGAGCUAGACUUGAGCAAUGCAAGGAUUAUCACAUACGGGUCAGGCAAAGAGAAAUAAGACUUCAAUAUUUAUAUGAAAUGUAAGAUAAUACUGCCUGUGAGCUGUCUGAUCUAUUUUAUGUUUUUCUCAAAAUGAAAUGGAUUAUUCUAAUUUGUUUCUUGGUGGAGGGGUGUCAAAUUCAAACUCCUUUUGAUUGAGGAACUUAGUACAUGUAGUAAUACUCAUGCCCCAUGAGCCGACAAAUAAAAGGUUAUGAAAUUACUAUUCUGCUUCUGUAGAAAAUUCAUGCAUCGAUUC